AUGGCGGAUGAACUAAUCUCACGGUGCUCUAAGUUAUCCUUAGAGGAAGGAGAGGGGGACGUUGUUGACCUAGGAGACGUGGUUGUGGAGGACCAAAGCGAUAACCUGGAACUGCUAUUGAUCGGAAAAUUGCUGACGGAGAGACCUUUCAACGUGGAUGCCUUUAAACGUACCAUGACGAAGGUCUGGGCGCCAUCUCAAGGGAUGGUAAUUAGGGUUCUCGGCCCUAAUUUAUUUGCCUUCCAGCUGUUUCAUUGGAGGGACAUGGAGAAAAUUAUGAACGGUCUACCAUGGUGCUUUGAGAAUAAUCUUAUUGUCCUCAAAAACAUUGAGGGUGAUGAACAGCCGGAAGAGGUGGCCCUGUCUCACUCCCCUUUCUGGGUGAGGAUCAAGAACCUCCCGUUUAAUUGUCGAACGGACGCUCAUGUAAAAGCCCUAAUUGCGGGUAUGGGGGAUGUGAUCGAGAUUGAAAAGGAUGCCCUGGGCUUGGAUAGGUUUAGGCGAGCGAAGAUAAUGUUAGAUGUGUCUAGACCUUUGCGACGAAUCAAAUUAUCAAAGGACCGUAGGGGGAGGGAGGUAGUUGUGGAAUUCUCGUAUGAAUGA